AUUAAUUGUAGUUAUUUAUAAGUAAUUUCUACUAUUUUUCAGCUCUUAAUAUACUGCAAAUAUCAUCCUCGUCAUCAUCCUCUGUGUCAUGUUACUCCCUUGUUUUUUUUCAAACUUGUAAAUAACAACAAUGCCAUUUGUACAUCCAUCACUUCUGUUUUUCUUUUUCCUGUCUCUGGUGUUAAACAACGUUCUCUCUCUGACAAAGUUUCCAAUCUAUACUACUCAAGGGGUAAUUUUUUUUUUUUUUUUUGCGGAUGACGAUGGAUGGCUAGGAGAUAUGGAAAAAAGGGGGAAUAAAUUGGCCAUGACAGGAAGUUUUUUUUUUUUUUUUGCAAUCAAGCAACCAAAAUAAAAAACGGUUUUUGGGUUUGCCAUAUGCGUCAAUUGGUUGCCUUUGUACCACGAUAAAUAUCAGAUAAAGACGGCACCGUCGUUGGACUGGUGGCUUAAUCAGGAGCUACAGCAUUGGAGAAAACAAGGAAAGCACCUUUUGAUCAUGGUGGAGUCACAGUCAAAUAUCUCAAUGCAAGUGUACAAAAUAGCAUCCAAUGAGAUGAAAGCGGUCAUCUUCCCUCGUUGAUGUCCCAGAGAAACAGAGAGUGUGUGAGAGAGAAAAAAAAGUAUCAAAACAAGGGGAAAGGAGUUGCAGGGAGAUUUGAGUGUCAAAACCAAGCGCAAUUGGAUUGAAAUCAAUUUUUGGCACUUCUCGAAUGCACGACCAUGAUCUCCAUUAAUUCCCAAGAAAGGCUAUUAUCC